AUGAUGGCAUACAAGUACCCAGUGGGGGCAGCACGUCGCCAACUGCAGGCAAACAUCCGUACUUGCAAAGCGAUAGUCAAUAUACUCGUGCGUAAGGCAUCCUAUACUACCGGUCGUCAGUUUGCGGUAGCUCGUCGGCCUCCCAAGUGGUAUGGGCUCGGGAUCUUUGGGGCAUCGUUCGGCCUCGGCUGGCUGAUCACGCAGCACCUCUCUUACGCGGACCUGAUGGCCUGGUUGUUCUACGAUCAGCUGCCAGCGGACGACGAGAAGGUGCGCAACUACCAGGCGGGUUUGCUGCAGCGCGCGCACGAGUUGCCGGCCACGAAGGACCUGUUCGAGAGCGGGUUCCGGCAGGUGUUCCCGGAGCGGGGACAGAGAAACGUUCUGAUAAACCAGACCUUGCGGCGCCCGGGUGCGCUGUCAAUCGAGCCUCUCUUCUUCUACAACCCCAAGACGAAGACCACCGUCGGGAUCUACCACCUGGGCAUGCGCCUGACCGGGUACCCCUUCCUGGUCCACGGCGGCAUCCUGGCCACGGUGCUGAGCGACCUGAUGCGGGAGGCAGUCACAUUCGUGACCGGCACCGAUUACGAGGUAACCGAGCACAUCAAGAUCUCGUACUGCUUCCCGACCCUGGCGAACCAGUUCGUUGUGGUCCGCACCACCCGCGUCGAGGACCACGGCAACAACGUCCGUCUGGAGGCCGAGAUCAUCAACCAGAGCGGCACGCGGACACUCGUGCGUGCGAAAGGGAGCUUCACUACAGGCUAG